GCAAAAGAGGAGAGGAGUUGGUGUGCCCUGCCAGCUCUCACUGCCCACCCGCUGCCCACCUCUCGGCGGACACAACCCGGCCGCUGCUGGUUUGUUUGCAUCACAUCACACCAACAGCUGUCUGUGUGUCUGUACGUGCGGUGUGCGUGAGGAGUGAGGGAUGGCGUCACAGAGCAAGGAGAAGCCCAAGACGCCGGCGGAGAUCCUCACCCAUGCCCGCAACCAGGCCUUUCGCGGCGGCAUCGCCGGUGCGAGUGCUCAGGUCAUCAACGUGCUGUCCCUCAUGUGGCUGCGGACCACCAUGAAUUAUCAGUAUCGGUACGGCAGCAACACCUUCCAGGCCAUCGGACACCUCUGGGCAGAAGGUACACACACACAGAUCAACGCCAUGUGGCAUUGCAACGGACCAGUGUGUGCGUGUGUGUUGUCUGCACCCCACCCAUCCCAGGUGGGAUCCCCCGUUUCUACCGGGGAUUGGUGCCGGCGUUGAUGCAGGCCCCCCUCUCGCGUUUCGGCGACACGGCGGCCAACGUGGGAGUGCUGGCCCUCCUCGACAACACCGAACAGACCAAGAACAUGCCCGUGGGCAUCAAGACGGCACUCGCAUCCUGCGGCGCCGCCUUCUGGCGGCUCUUCCUCAUGCCCAUCGAUGGUAGGGACAUGACACACAUACAUGCGCACAGUACGGGUGGGCUGGUGGGCUGGUGGGCUGGUUGGGGUCAGAGUGCCCUGACUGACGGCCUUGUUUGUGUGUGAUUGAUUGGUUGGUAUCAGCGUGGAAGACGGUCAAGCAGGUGGAGGGCGGCGAGGGGCUCAAGGCACUUGUCGGCAAAGGUACUUGCUUGACACACAUGCCCAGCAGACCACAGGAGUGAUUGAUUUGGUGUGCUGUGGAUGGUUGGUCCAUUGACUGCUCCAUGCAUGCUGCAGUUCGGACUCACGGCAUCACCAAGUUGUACCACGGCAGUUUGGCAGCGAUGGGUGCCACGUGGGUGGGGCACUACCCGUGGUUCUUCACCCACAACUACAUGUCCACUCACAUGCCGCAAUUCGACUUCUUAUACGGUCGGUACACACACACACAUAUACGUACUUGGGCAGCCACACAUCUAUAUGUCAGUCAUGUCCACCUAUACAGCUGUACAAUCAAUCACCUGACUACACGUGUGUCUUGUCUUGGAUGUGUGUGAUGUGGUGUGGUGUGUGUGUGUUUAGGCAAGUUCGUGCGGAAUGCGGUGAUAGGGUUCGCGUCGUCUGUGGUGUCGGACACGUGCUCCAACUCCAUCCGAGUCAUCAAAACCACCAAACAAACCUCCACAGUAAGACCACACGACCUAUCUCACCACACACCAACGAUCAGAUCAACCCAUUCCUCUCUCUGUGUGUAUGUGUUGUGUUGCCACCCACCCUCUGCAGGUGCCGUUGUCGUAUCGUCAGGCGGUGAUGGAGGUGGUCAACAAAGACGGCAUUCUGGGGCUGUUCGGCAGGGGACUGGCCACACGAAUUCUCACCAACGGACUACAGGUAUACACCCACACGCCCACCUGUCUGUCUGUCUACUCACAUAGCAUAGCCAAACAAAACACGCGCAACUCAACUGCAUCCAUCGUCAUUCGGACCCCCGUCUGGUCCGCCUGUCUGUCUGUCUGUUCUUCGAUCAUGAAUGCAGGGCAUGUUGUUUUCUGUGGGUUGGAAGGCCAUUCAGGAGAUGCUCAACAAGAGGGCGGGAGACACCAAAUGAUAGAUAGACAGACAGACACGUGAAUGCAUUCAUUACGUGUACCCAUGUGUGCGUGCCG